CCGAACCUGCCUGCCUCCCUUCCUGCCUCCCCUUCGUUUUGCUUCAUCUUUCGCCGCGACGAGUGCAAGGCCACAUGCAUCUCGACAGAGUCUGAUCCCACUCGAGCGCCUCUCUUCCGCCUGGCGCACGCUCCAUACACGGGCUGUUUCCUGUCUCAGAACUUGCGCGACUGCGUUUCGCCGGCGGUCACUGCGGCUGCGCGCGCCAUCUUGCGUUGCUGUCGCGAACUCGCACCUGCGCCUCGUCCAGUCGCCCGCCCUUUGAAGCUACGCCUGCGACCGCGACCACGCCUCGACCUCGUCCCAGACGCACAUCUCGAGUACGCGCAGUUACGCCUCACUCGAACCACCCCAAUCCCUGCUGCCAAUGCUCAAAUGGAGGAUGACGAACACGCCACCCAGAAAAUGAGCAAGGUCAGACUCGAGGACGGCGCGGCUGCCAAUGGCGCGCUGGCGGAUACGGACGCAGAUGGCUCGACGCCGGUUCCCGACGCGAGAAACGGAAAGUCGCCAUCCUCCUCCAACGAUGUCGAUGGCGUCAAGUCCCGCGGCGAGAGCGUCGGCACUCCCAGCUCCUCGAAGCCCUCCGGGCUGUCUCGAAAAUCGUCCCAGAGAUCGGCCGCACGCGAGGCACCCCUGUUCGAUCACCUUCCCGACAUGACCUCCGACUCGUGUCAGACUUUUCAGGUCAUCUCCGACUGCCUCUACGGAUCAAAAAACCUGGGCUCUACAGACAACGACGCGCUGGACUGUGACUGCAGGGAAGACUGGCAAAAUGGCGACAAUCAUGCUUGCGGCGAGGACUCGGACUGUAUCAACCGAGCAACAAAGAUGGAGUGCUGUGCUGAUGCCGGCAACUGUGGUGGCGGCUGUCAAAACCAGAGGUUUCAGCGCAAGCAAUGGGCCAGCGUUUCCGUCAUCAAAACGGAGAAGAAGGGCUUCGGCCUGCGUGCCAACGGGCAUCUGCAGCCCAACCAAUUCAUUUACGAGUACAUUGGUGAGGUCAUCAACGAGCCCACGUUUCGGCGCCGCAUGCUGCAGUACGACGAUGAGGGCAUCAAGCAUUUCUACUUCAUGUCGCUCAGCAAGAGUGAGUUUGUCGACGCGACUAGAAAGGGGAAUCUGGGCCGCUUCUGCAACCACUCGUGCAAUCCCAAUUGCUACGUCGACAAAUGGGUGGUUGGGGACAAGCUGCGCAUGGGCAUCUUCGCUCUGCGUAACAUUCGUGCCGGCGAGGAGCUGGUCUUCAACUACAACGUCGACCGCUACGGGGCCGAUCCGCAACCUUGCUACUGUGGAGAGCCAAACUGCGUGGGCUUUAUUGGCGGCAAGACACAGACCGAGCGCGCCACCAAGCUGCCCGCGGCCGUUGUCGAGGCCCUUGGUAUCGACGAUGCUGACGGCUGGGACACGACCGUCGCCAAGAAGCCGCGGAAGAAGCGGCCGGACGAGGAGGACGAGGACUAUGUCAACAGCAUACAAGCCCGCAGCCUGGACGAAGACGACGCCCGCAAAGUCAUGGCAGCGCUCGUGCAAUGCAAGGAGAAAUGGAUUGCCGUCAAGCUCCUGGAGCGUAUCCAGCGCUGCGAUGACGAGCGUGCCAUUCAUUCCGUCAUGCGCAUGCACGCAUACCAGAUUUUGAAGACGACGCUCAAUACCUUCAUCGAUGACCACAAUCUGGUCCUUCAGGUGCUCGAAAUCCUUGAUAAGUUCCCGCGCCUUACGCGGAACAAAAUCCAAGACUCCAACAUCGAAGCCACCGUUCAGAACCUAAGCUCAUCUGAGCACGAGGAUGUCUCAUCGCGGUCUAAACAGCUUCUCGAGGACUGGAGCAAGCUAGAAAUGGCGUACCGCAUCAGACGGCGCAAGGUUGAUCCCAAUGCCCCCGUGCAAAACCUGUACGAGGAGCGUCGUGGCGGCCAAGCACGCGAGGAGGAGACUGCCCAGUCGACGCCGAAGACGGCCUCGCCACGCCCUCCCGACGCUCCAAAAGGGCCUCGCAGCAACGUCCCCCAACGUAACAACUCGUUCUUCUUCAACUCCCAGCGUCAAAGACGCCCUCCUCUGCCAGACGGGUGGUUCACCGCCAAGGAUGGAAGAGGUAAUACCUACUUCUACACCAAGUCUGGGAAGACGACCUGGCAGCGACCAACACUCCCGGCGACCGAUUCUGCUCAAAAGGGUCCUUCGAAGGCUAUGCAGGAGCAGCUAGCUAUUCAAAGCAUCAUUGACAAGGUGACCAAGGAAGGCACUCCAAAGCAACCUGCGUCCCAGCCAAAGGAAGCGCCCGAGGUGCACAUCGCCGAGAGUAAAAAGGACAAGUGGCGGACUCUGCCACAGGACAAGCAGAUGAAGAUUUACGAAAACACGGUGUUUCCUACCGUGAAGCAUGUCCUGGACAAAUUCCGCCAUAAGCUUCCAAAGGAUGAGUUGAAGAGACUGGGCAAGGAAAUUGCUAAGAAGCUCGUCGCGUCGGAUUACAAGAACAAUCGAGUUGAAGACCCCACGGCUGCGCUCAACGAGAAGCAAGUGCUGAAGAUCAAGAAGUAUGUCUCAGACUUUUUGAACCGAGCUGUUGAGAAGUACGGCGCCCAUCAGAGCGCCCACCAGAAGCGUAAGGAUACCAAGGAGAGCCCGAGCGCCGGGGAUCCUGCAACACUCGGAAAACCCGGGACAGCACACUCGGACGCAGCCAGAGGCGAAGAGAGGUAUGACGGAGUUGAGGAUCCUACCAUUAGUGAUGCCGGCUCUCCCAGCAGCCAGGAUCGGAAGCGCAAGCGAGCAGAGGAGCUGGCCGAUUCUGCCAGUGCAACUCCAUCGGAAGGUCCGGACCUCAAGAGAUUGAAGGAAGGCGAUGCCGGAGAGCCCAGUCCACCACCUCCACCACCGCCACCCCCCGAGUCCGCGCCCGAGGAUGAGAUGGCGGACGAGCGCAGAGCGCUCCGAGAGCAGGAAGAGGCGCUCGAGAGGGAGAAUGAGGAGGCCCAGCGCCUCGAGGAUGAGGCCAAUAAGACCAAGAUGAUGGAGGAUGCGGCCGAAGAGAUACGGAAGGAUAUCGCCCUUGCCGCUUGAAAGCCCUGUCGGCGCUGCCAGCUUGGCCGCGGAAGUGAUACUGCAUUCUUUCAGGGCGCGACGAUACGGCGUCGCGAUUGCAGGUGGGUAUGGGCACCUACCUAUACCGAGGGCUGUGAUUGGAGAGGGGAAAAAGGCAUGCUCUGCCCGCCGCGAGCUAUGCUACUUUCUAUACAGGCGGUGGGCAUAUUCCGGAGUCACGGAGGGGGCGGCCAGCAUUCCGGGUCUAGAUGUACUAUAUGGCGCUGAGUGUUCGAGGGUUUGCCGGUGUACUUGUAUUGGGACUUCAAAACAGAAGAUUCAAGGCGAGGGGGUCCGGGCCCUGUCGUGGAGGCAAGUCGUCGGCACGCGACGCCCGAUGCUGGAGGGAUGAGAGCAAUGGGCACAUGGAGUCGCCUCCUGAAGCUUGCUGCGCGUGAGCCGCCAUCUGGCCGUUUGGGUUGGAGCCGAAUGGGCCCGGAGGGAGAGAGGUGGGCUGUACGCUGGGAGGGAGGGCUGGUUCUGCAGGCGUUGACACGGGAGGAGAUACCACAGACUUUUUUUGUCAAAAUGUAUUGUCAUGCUUUACAUGGCGAAAGCUGGCACAGCCAACACAUGGACUUGGCAUGGAGACUCGUCAAGUGUACAGGAUGACUGUUGAGAUGCCUAGUAACAGAUCUAGCUAGGUACGAUAUGUACGAAGUACGAGUGCAACGUAG